AUGCGUCACAUGCCUUUGGUUCUACGAGAACAAGUCUUUUCUACCUUGGGCGAAGUGAUCUCGUCUCAACCUUUGGCUCCACUGGACAUCAAGACGAAUCCCUUAAUGGCUUCGCCACCACAACCGAACUGCCACCUCCCGGCGCUCAAAGAAUUCUUGACCGGAGAUUUGCGAGAGAAGCCCUUGAUGUUGAUCGAUUUGCCUACAGGCAUGGGUGGUGGCCCCGAAUUGGAGUUUUUAGAGCUUCGGCUCUUGGAGCUUCAAGACAUUGCAGAUUUGAUGGUGGCAGCGGAGUCCGAUUUCACCUUCCGUGGAGAUCGAAAGCCUCGACUGUUUCAGAAGAAUGCAAAUCGCUUCAAGAAUUUCAAUCAUUUGUUGUAUUUGGACUUGGAUCGUUGUGAACGAUUUCGAGCGGCGAUCGACAAGACAAGGGCAGAACACGGUCGUUCUCAGGCACAGUCGUUGUGGGCAAUUCAGAACACACAAAGACAAUGUUUGUGGCAACUGCUUCAGUCUGAGCGACCGAACUUGACGAAUGAAACCCUGGUGAUCUUCUCAGAUUUAGAUGAAAUCCCCAAUGGUGAGCAGAUGUUGGCAAUGAAGCACUGCGAAUGGAAAACGGAAGCCAAGUGUUUCCAACUACAACAGCAUGUGGUGACCUUUAACCUUCGUCAGGUUGGAACAGCUGCAGCAGGUUGUUUUCCUCAGAGCCCAUGGAAACAAGGACUGCUACUUCAGCUUGGCUGGGCACGAGCUCAUGUGUCCAUCCCUUUGCGGUUGAAGGUGGCACCGCUCCUGAAAGGUGGCGCCACACAUUUGUCACAUUUUGGAUCGGCGCCUGAGCUGCUGUUGAAAGGUCUUCAACAUGGAGAGGGCGGCGGAUUGUUUCUGAAGUUUCAGAAGAACAGAACGGCUUGUACUGCUACGGAUCAAGAUAUUGAUCAGCUAUUGACCACCUUCCGUGAUGACCCCAUCAGCAUUGUGCGAAGUUGGGAGAAGAAGAGUCAUCCACUGCCCAAGGCCAAACCAAACAAGGCCACCUUGGAGAAGUGUGGCAUCCCCUGGGCGCUUCGGGAGAAUCCCCAGCGCUAUGUCUCCUUUUGGGGCUUGAGAACCAAAUUGGUCCAAAGUGCCAAAGGUCUUCAAGGUCUUCAAAAGGACGAGAGAGUUUGGCAAAAAGAACUUCCCCCAGCUGAGCCAAGCAUGGUGCGAGCUUUCGGCUUUGUUUUGUGA